UCGGCUCUCCGGGAGCAGGACCAUCCCCGGGAUCGGCUCUCGGGGAGCAGGACCAUCCCCGGGAUCAGCUCCCCGAUUGCUCCAUCCCGGGAUCGGUUCCAUCCCGGGAUCGGCUCCCCGAUUGUUCCAUCCCGGGAUCGGCUCCCCGAUUCCUCCAUCCCGGGAUCGGCUCCCGGAUUGUUCCAUCCCGGGAUCGGCUCCCCGAUUGCUCCAUCCCGGGAUCGGCUCCCCGAUUCCUCCAUCCCGGGAUCGGCUCCCCGGCCGCUCCAUCCCCGUGCAGCUGCCGCGGCCCCGAGCUCCCGGAGCGGCACCGCACAGGAGGGACCCGCAUCCACGCCUCGCUCUGUCCAGGUGUCCCAGCAAGAGCAGAGGCCCCGUGCCUGGGGAUGGACAGCGCUCUAGACCCUCGGCAAAGACCCACGGCAGGCAGCUGAGGGAGGGAAUGAAGAUAGUGCAAGAUGUUCAACUCCAGCACCAACUCCUCGGGAAACAACUGCAGCCACAGCACGGUGAUAACUACCACAGUCAUCCCGCUGCUCUACUGCUUCAUCUUCCUGGCAGGGCUCUCGCUCAACGCCGUGGCAGCCUGGGUCUUCCUCUACGUUUCCAGCACAAAGAGUUUUAUUGUCUAUCUCAAGAACAUCGCCGUGGCCGAUCUCCUCAUGAGCCUGACGUUCCCUUUCAAAAUCCUUGCUGAUUCAGAAAUUGCCCCUGCAGAGCUCAACCUGUUUGUGUGCAGGUACUCUGCGGUGGUGUUCUACAUGAACAUGUACAUCGGCAUCACCUUCUUCGGCCUCAUAGGGUUUGACAGAUACUACAAAAUCGUAAAGCCUUUGUUCACCUCCUUUGUUCACACGGUUAACUACAGCAAAGUGGUCUCUGUAAUCAUAUGGCUGUUAUUAAUGAUUAUGUCAUUUCCAAAUAUGAUUUUAACUAAUGAAAUCACUAAAGACAAUUACUCCAUAAAAUGUAUAGGUCUUAAGAGUGAGCUAGGCAGGCAGUGGCACAAAGCAACGACUUAUAUUUGCACAGGGAUUUUCUGGAUUGUUUUUUUCCUGCUAAUCGUAUUUUACACUUCUAUAUCCAAAAAAAUAUACAGCUCUUACAAAAAAUUCCGGAGGAGCUCAGACAUGGCCAAGAGGAAAACCAGCCGGAACAUAUUCUCCAUCAUGUUUGUGUUUGUCAUUUGUUUUGUGCCCUACCACCUCUGCAGGACCCCAUACACCUUGAGCCAGACCAGCUCCCAGUUCACCUGCCAGUCCCAAAAAUCGCUGUACUAUGCCAAGGAGUUCACUCUGGUGCUUUCUGCUGCAAACGUCUGCCUCGACCCCAUUAUUUAUUUUUUCCUCUGCCUCCCCUUUAGAGAAAAGCUGUAUCAAAAACUGCAUCUCAAGCUGAAAGCUUCAAGUGAGGUUGAAAUUUCUAAAUCCAGAAGAUCAAAUACGCUUCGGGAAAGUAUAAACAUAGUGUAGGUUUGUGUCUCACCAAUAAUGCACAUUUCAGGAAGUUAUUCAUUAAAUGUCCCAAAGAACCAGAGCACAGGACAACCAGCAACAAAGAGGAGAGGGGCUCAGCAUGACACCAGGUGCUGCUUCUCUGUCUAACCCCACUCCUGCACGUGCCAAUAUACUCACUACGUGCUGUUCAGCUGAUGCCCUGAUCGCAGCAGGGUGUGACACGACCCAUCUGGAUCUCAAAAACAGAGAGGAGCACCCGGAACAGCAGGUUCUGGAGAUCCAGGCCGUGGGUCUCCAAAAGAACUGUCCAACAAACACAAACCCACACCAGUCUGCUUCUCUGGGCUCACACGCACAGAAACGUGCCCACACCGAACUGCAGCAACUCCCUCGUGCAGGAGGCAAGGACAUCACAGAACAUCUGGGAACACACAGGAACAGCUGCCUAAAACCUCUGGUACACUGAAAUCCAGAAAGAAUGCUCUGCUGGUUUUCCCGUAAUUUUUACAUAGCAGCAAAGCAUUUCUGUCUGUACCAAGGUAACAGCUGAA